UGUUUUUGUCAGUUGAGGGCGACAACAAACUCCACGGAUUACAAUCAGCAGGAACUUUGCUCCUUCCUCACCACACCUGAGGUGACGUUGCUCUUUUGUGCGCGCGCGCUCCCGCUGAAGCGUCUCUCCAAACAGGUUCGGCCGGUAGACACACCUGCGUCAGAAGGAAAAAGGAAGUAUUGUUGAGCGCCUGCAUCAGUCUUUGUCUGACCUCUGCGGACGACGGACGCUCAGAGAAACGCUUGUUUUUUUUAAAGGAGAAGAAAAUUUAUUCUUUUGGAAACUAUGAAGGGUUUCAUCCUUCUGGCUCUGGCUGUCUUUGCAGCUUUGCAAAAACAGGCAGAUACUGCUGCCUGUACAUGUACAACAAUGAAAUGGGUCAACUGUGAGGGUAGCUCACCCAAUUGUGCAUGUAAAAUCACCCUGGAUGACGGUUACAGAGAAAGCAUCGACUGUGAAAAAUUGAUCCCAAAGUGCUUUUUGAUGAAGGCUGAGAUGUUCAGAAGAAGAAUUGGCCAAGACGUCCGUCUAAACAUCGGUGGAAAGCCAAAUGAACACGCCAUUAUCGACAACGACGGUAUCUACGACCCAGAGUGUGACAGUAAUGGUAACUUCAAGGCCAAGCAGUGCAACAAGACAGAGGAGUGCUGGUGCGUCAACAGCGCUGGUGUUCGCAGAACCGACAAGGGCGAUAAGAACAUGAACUGCUCCAAGCUGGUGGAGACAUUCAUGGUUCGUCUUGAGCUGACUCACAAAGAAGUUAAGUCUGACAGUAAGGUGAAUGUAGAGGCUCUGCAAAAUUCUGUAAGAAACCUCCUCCAAACCCGUUACCAGGUCGACCCCAAGCUGGUUAAAGAAGUCCAGUAUGACCCAGAUGGUCGCUACAUUGUGAUAGACAUAGAGAAGGAGAAAGGAGACCGUACCGUUAACCUUGGCAACAUGGCCUACUACAUGGAGAAAGAUCUGAAGGUCUCCCCUCUGUUCUCGAACCAGACGGCAGUCCAGCUCAACGGGGGCAGCCAGAAGCUGGACCUGAAUAAGAUUGUGGUCUACUACGUGGAUGAGGAGCGUCCAACUAUCACCAUGCAGCACCUGACAGGUGGCAUCAUUGCCGUCAUCGUGGUCGUGGUGCUGGUUGUGGUCUUUGGCCUUCUGGCCCUGUUCUUCAUUAAUCGGAAACGGCAGCAGCGCUACAGCAAGACUCGGAACGGGGAGUCCAACAACUAGAGCAGCAGGAAGUCUAUGGAGAGUCAUCCGGAGGGAGAGCGACAUUUUGUUGGUCUUUAUUUGAGAAACUGAGAUUUGUUUCCAGAAACCUUUUUUUUUCUCUCUUUCUCUUAUGGUUGCCUGUUUAUUUAUAACAUGUGGAAACUCUUGGCACAACAUUUAUCUGAUCAUGACUUUGUUUUUUUUUUUUUUUUCUGGUUGAUAUAAUACAUUUUAAUGUUAGAAUCUGAUCAAAAGAUGGAAAUUUCUUAGAUUGUACAGUUUCUUAUGAUGUUUGACUUUUUAAUAAAACCAUUUUUGAAAUGUA